AUGGCGGAUUUUUUGGUUGAAGUAACAGGAGACCCAGGCGAAGACAUGGGUACACGGUGGAAGCUCCAUGUGGACGGAGCCUCCAACCAGACCUUCGGAGGAGCCGGGAUCAUCCUAGAAAGUCCAAACGGGGUCGUAUACGAACAAUCGGUCAGAUUCGAGUUCCCCAUCUCGAACAACCAAGCAGAGUACGAAGCCCUCAUAGGAGGCUUGACCCUAGCAACAGAGGUCGGCGCAAAAAGGUUGGAAGUAUACAGCGAUUCCCAAGUCAUCACUUCCCAAGUAAACGGCAGCUAUCAAGCCAAGGACCCCUUGUUACAGAAGUACUUGGAAAAGUUCACAGAAUUUCUCAACGGCCUAGGUAUAAGGCAGAGGUUCUCUUCGGUAGAACACCCUCGGACGAACGGACAAGUGGAGUCCGCCAACAAGGUUAUCCUUUCAGGGCUAAAGAAGAGGUUGGACAACAAAAAGGGUGCUUGGGCCGACGAGCUGGCAUCGGUCCUCUGGUCUUAUCGAACAACCGAGCAAUCCUCCACCAAGGAAACCCCUUUCCGACUAACGUACGGGGUGGAUGCAGUAAUACCCGUGGAGAUCGGUGAACCAAGCCCGCGAUUGCUCUUGAAAGGAGUAGAGGAAACUGUAGAAAAGGACCUGAUAGAGGAAGCCCGAGAAAUGGCCCACUUGACAGAAACGGCGCUAAAACAAAGAAUGGCGCUCCGUUACAACACCAAAGUGCUCAAGAGGGAAUUCGGGCCAAACGACCUCGUCCUGAGGCGAAAUGAUAUCGGCCUGCCGACCCCAGGAGAAGGCAAGCUAGCGGCCAACUGGGAGGGCCCAUAUAGAAUCAAGAAAGUGAUGGGAAAAGGGGCCUUUAAGUUAGAAAGGCUCGAUGGCAAGGAGGUCCCGAGAACAUGGAACGCGGACAACCUUAGAAGAUUCUACUCCUAG